GCCACAGAGCGAAGGAGGACGCCACCCUACAUACACUGCCAUACGCGCGGGAAAAUCUCAACCCAAGCCGGAGCGUUAUAAAUUUGCGAUCGCCUGCCGACACCACAGACUGCUCGCUUCAUCGUCUUUCCACCUCUUUGACUAAGAAGGGUUUUAUCAUCAAUUUCUCAUUUCCUAGAGAAGACGUUUCCAUACAUCUGAUCCUAUCGUCUGUUAACAACUUCAAAUGACAGCGAGAUUUCGGGGACGCCCUACUACUUUGUUGAAUGCUAUCAGAGUUUUUCUGCGAAUUUCAACUUCUUUCAACUUUUGCGACUUCCUCGCUGGAUUUUUUUUGCAAAUCUUGAUAUAAACACAAGUGCAGGAUUAAUUUUCUAAAUAACAACAUGGGUCGGACUUUACCGAACCCCGUCCCGUGCAAGGUGUGCGGCGAUAAAAGCUACGGCAAACACUACGGCGUCUACUGCUGCGACGGCUGUAGCUGCUUCUUCAAGCGGAGCAUCAGGAGGAACAUGCGUUACACCUGCAUUGGCAAGGGCAACUGUCUGGUGGACAAGGCGCGGAGGAACUGGUGCCCGUACUGUCGGCUCAAGAAGUGCUUCGCGGUCAACAUGAACAAAUCAGCCGUCCAAGAAGAAAGGGGGCCUCGGAAGAAGAAACCACAGCAACAGGUUAAACCGGGUCACUGCUCGGCCAGCGGACGCCCCUCUGAUCUCCGCCGGGCUGGCGGCGGCGGCUCUAAGACCUCCUUCCGCCCAUUCCAACCGUGGAACACUAACCAACACAAACACGCCCAUUUCGCUGCUGCCGACCUCGACUCCAUGCCUCCCAGUGGGAGCGCUUUUCGGGUCGUGCCUGUGCGAAAUGGGCACGGUGGGCGUGUACCAAUCCUGGCGAGCCACGCCCACUUCCCGGGAUUACAUCUCUCGCUGCACCUCCCACCCGUGGCGGCCGCUGCGGCGGCAGCAGCAGCCGCAGCAAGAGCGGAGGGUGGUGCUGGCAUUGAGCGGCACCUCGCCGUGUUCUCUCCCCAGAGCGCUGCAGCAGCUCACCUGACUCAAGCUGCAGCCAUGAGAUCAGAUGAUAACACAGGUAUGUGAAUAAAGAAAUCUUUCCUAUAAAUCCCCCGACACAAAAUUAAAAAAACCUUACCCCAGAUUAUUCCAUAAAACACAUUGUGUUUCUUUCUCUUAAAAUCAAUUGCAAAAUCUUUCCCCCCAAAAGAAGGUCUUAUAGUGACAUUUUAACUGAAAAUAAACACUGUGUACUUGUAUUUGACGAUACCUAUUAAUUAUGAUUAAUUUAAUUUAAUUCAUUUGUUAAUUAUCAAAACAGUAAUUCAUGUUUUAAGCAUUUUCAGUCCUUUCCUUUUUUCAAUUUUUCGAAUAUUUUUUUAAUGAUUAAGCUUAUUUCGUUUUUAGAAUGUGUAUGAAAUUCAUACUGUAUAAAAUAAAUUAUUUCGAAAUGACUGUACUGCCCCUGGUUUAUGAUUAAGUGAUGACGAUUUAUUUUAAUUUAUAUUUUCAGACUACAUAAUGAAAUUAAAUUUCUAGAACCAAAGGAAUAUUUUGUUUCAGUCGUCGGUCACAUAAUCAUGAUAAUAUAUAGGGUGUCGAUAUAAACGACAAUAUGAGGAAAUUAAUUGUUUUUAUGAAUUCAUUCAAAUGUUCAUGAUUGUAUACACUGUUAAAAAAAAACGUGAUUUUACAGAAAAAAAGAAGAUUUUGCAGAAAGCAAUAACAGAAUCAUUCUAUAAAUUCAUAAAACAGGAAAUUUUCAGCAAUUUAACGGAACAGGUCUGUUUAAAAAGGGGAAAAGGGUGUUUUAUUUAAGGAAAUUUGUAAGAUUACAUACACCAAAUACCAAUUUUCUGUAAGAUUACGCAAUCUGGUAAGAUUACAGGUGUUCUCGAGACUCUGCUGCAGGAACUUCUUUUAUUUUAAGGAUAAUUUUUCCAACAGUGUAUGCAAGUGUGAUGGAAAUAUGAAAGUGGAAGUUUAAUAGUUACGUGAGUGAAAGUGAGGUCAAAAAUAAAAUUACACAACUUGACGAGAGAGAAGAAAAAUAAUUUUGGAACUUGAUUAAAGCUCUUACCUUCUACUUUGUAAUAUCCCCAAAAUAAUCAUAAGAGCAUUGAUAGUCAUAAAUUAUGUUGAUAUAUCCAUUAAUACAAAGCAGGGGCGGCCCACCUGGGGGGAAAGGACCAACCACUCCCUUAUAUAACGAUUUUCCAGGUAGUGGCAUAG